AUGGGAUCAAAUGGAACGCGCAAAGGGCCGCUGCCUGGAGGUCGCCAGGGCGCGUCUGGAGCUGGCGCUGGACGCGACAGCAUGCGAACCGCCAGCCGAGCGCGAGGUGCUGCACGACCACCCAGCAGCUCCUCGCAUCCAUCAUCCCCACCAGCUGGCUUGGUGUCGGCAGGGUCUUCGCGGGCUCAGCAAUCGGCACCCGCCACUGGUGGAGUACGCCGCAUGCGUUGGACAACCCAGAUGAACAGCAACGCAUUGCGGGCGUAUUUUAGGGCGAAAGGGGGAGAAACUGGAGACCGAGUUCGGUAUAUCUUGCGCUCAAAUACAUUUGAUGUCACCGAAAUCGAAUGGCUACGACGUGAGGCUGUUCCUUCAUCGGGUGAAAAUGCUGCGGCUGAGGAUGCGGCGCCACAACUUGCCGAGCAAACGGCAAAUGUGGAUGCCGCCGUGAAUACGCCAGUUGUGGUUGAUUCAAACGAUGAUGGAACAGUCGCCCAGAAACUGGAACUAGAGCAAAUGAGGAGUACAUUGGAAGAGGCGAUUGUGGAAACGCGCAGUACGACUCUCGAAAAUCGACCGCGUCUUCCCCGCUUAGCCCUAAGCAAGCGGAAUCGGGCUAUCGUGAGGGCUCUGAACCCAAUGCUGGUUACCUAUUUGGAAGCCAGCCGGGACCUUUGCGAGACGGACUCAAUUCUUUUUGGCGCCGCACUGGCAGUCUGCCGUAUUAUAGGUGCCAAACUUUCCACGGCUGGACGCGCUACUGGACAAAGUAGUGCUAUCCCAGCCUGGAGAAUAAGAAUUGAAGAACGUAUCGCAAAGGCUAGGGCCCUCAUCGGCAGACUGAUAUGCUUCAGGUCAGGCAAUACCAGGCCAAGGAUUGUGCGCACCGUCAGGAUGGCGUUUGCUGGGACAAAUGUUAGUUUGUCCCAGCCGGAUAUAAUGCAAAAACUGACGGAGCGCAUAGACGACCUGAAGCAAAGAAUAGCUGCUUGGGGAAAGCGGAUUCGGCGAUAUACCGAGAGGUCGACACGGUUCAACCAGAAUCCUCUCUUCCAGAGUGAUCAGAAGAGGCUCUAUAAAUCAUUGGAGCGACCAAUAGUAAGUGGAACGGGCCCUGCACCAAAUCAGGCCGACAUGGUCGCAUUCUGGCGCAGCCUGUGGUCAGAGCUCGUAAACCACAACGAGGGCCCUUGGACGGAAGUUGUGGCGAGUCAGUGUGCGAGUAUUACGCCCAUGGACCCCGUCAUCAUAACGCCGGAUGACGUAGCUGAGGCGGUCCGUAGGGCCCCGAACUGGAAAAGUCCGGGGCUUGACGGGCUGCAUCACUACUGGCUGAAGGGGUUCAUGGUUGGUUGCUCCGCUUCUGGAAUUACUGGUGUUGACGAACGUGUCGAUUCUUGA